AUGCCUCAAAACGAAUACAUUGAGCAGCACAUCAAACAGCAUGGUCGUAGGCUGGAUUAUGAGGAACGUAAGCGUAAGAAGGAGGCCAGAGAGGCCCACAAGGUAGCCGAACGUGCCCAGAAGCUGACUGGAUGGAAGGGGAAGCAGUUCGCCAAAAAGAGAUAUGCUGAAAAGGUUGCGAUGAAGAAGAAGAUAAGAGCUCAUGAGCAAUCGAAGGUGAAGGGCGGUUCGAAACCUUUAGAUGAGUCUGGUGAGGCAUUGCCCACAUAUCUGUUGGACAGAGAGCAAAGUAACACCGCAAAGGCGAUUUCGUCGUCGAUCAAGCAGAAAAGAUUGGAGAAAGCAGAUAAGUUUUCGGUGCCGCUGCCCAAGGUCCGUGGUAUCAGUGAAGAGGAGAUGUUCAAAGUGGUCAAGACAGGUAAGUCGAAGUCCAAGUCAUGGAAGAGAAUGAUCACGAAGCACACCUUUGUUGGCGAAGGUUUCACAAGAAGACCAGUGAAGAUGGAGAGAAUUAUUAGGCCCUCUGCCCUGAGACAGAAGAAGGCGAACGUCACACACCCGGAACUCGGGGUAACCGUUUUCUUACCGAUUCUUGCGGUCAAAAAGAAUCCACAGUCGCCGAUGUAUACGCAGCUUGGUGUGCUGACCAAGGGUACCGUGAUCGAAGUCAACGUUUCCGAGCUCGGGAUGGUCACCUCUGGAGGUAAAGUUGUAUGGGGUAAAUACGCCCAGGUGACCAACGAGCCUGACAGAGACGGCUGUGUCAAUGCCGUACUGCUGGUAUAG